UACUCAAGCGCAUGUUUUUCAAUUAAAACCGGACAGUCGUACACGUAUAAGCACUAGUUUGAUCCACCAGCCAUCCCAAUGAAUAUGCAGCAGCAAUGGAAUUUGAAUUCAAGCUUAUGUAAAAGUAACAAUGAUGGUCGUAAAGCGCAGCAAUUGAUCUGUAAGUUAAAACUAGCAUCCACCAGUAUUAAAGAAGACCGAACACUUGAUUUACCCAAUGAAAUAUUGUUUCAAAUCGAAUCGAAGCAGUUCAUGUUUCACGAAAAAAAUUCAAGCAAGAUCUCAGAACGUGAUUUUACAUUUCGAUUGUGGGUUCCUAUUUUAAUAUGAUGUUGUUAUAUGAACAACAUGGUUCGUAUAAAGAUUCGCAAAACAGUAUUGGCAGGAACUUCAUUCGCAUCAUUAUUACAUAACGAGGGCUAUAACAAUAUUGUUGGAUUUAAAGUGGAUAUUAGAAUACUUAUUGACUACAAGGAUGAAGAGUUCGAUUUGCUUUGUGGAGAUGCUUGUGAUUAUGAUGCUGACAAAACUAAACUUUUGACUGAAGCAUCAAAGGUUAUGAGGGAAGGGAAGGAAAUCCAA